AGGUAGAUUAAAGCGAAGAUCAUAUUGCCAUUAUAAUUCCGUUGAUGUUUUGCUUCCGCCACUGAAAAUACAAAAUAUCACAAUGGCGUUCGCAAAAUUGCUCGCGUUGACGCUGGUGGCCGCUAUUAAUUUGCAGGAAAUUCAUGGACAUGGAAUGAUGUUGGAUCCAAUAAACAGAAGCAGCGCUUGGAGGAAAGGCUUCCCCGUAGAGCCUAAUUAUACCGACAACGAACAUUUCUGUGGUGGACGUACUAUCCAACAUAAUCAAAACGGUGGCAAGUGUGGAGAAUGUGGUGAUAAUUAUGCUUUACCUCGACCAAGAUCAAACGAAAAUGGUGGCCGCUACGGAACUGGUGUAAUUGUUCAAAAAUACAAGGCAGGCUCGACCAUCGACGUGACUGUUCGACUCACCGCUAGUCACUUGGGUCACUUCGAAUUCAACCUCUGUCCGCUCAAGUCGAAAACGGACCUGGAAACCGACGAAUGCUUCAAUAAGUAUCCCUUGCCGUUGGCUGAUGGUAGCGGCUAUAACUAUCCGAUUACUGUCUACGGCUCCAAGGAAUACACCGUUCGUUUGAACCUUCCGAAGGGUGUAACGUGCGACCAAUGCGUGAUUAGGUGGCACUACCGCACUGGAAAUACUUGGGGUAUUUGCGAGAACGGAACUAAAAAAAUGGGUUGCGGACCUCAGGAGACCUUCAGGAGCUGCGCCGACGUUUCUAUCUCAAACUAACUUGUUAACAAAUUAUGCUUUGUAAUAUGAACUUCGUUAACUUAUAUACUUGAAAUAUUUCUGAAAGUGAGACUGAUUCGUGAGAACAUUUAAGGAAAAAACUGAGUAAUCUGGAUUUUCCCUGAUGUCGAGAAGAUUGCCAAUCUGAGGUUUAAUUCUUGGAAAUUUAUAUAGGAGGAAAUUGGAAAACACGUUCGAUUUCAUUCAUGGCUUGUCUUGUAUAUGUAUGUUAUUAGGAAAUACAUGAUGCUCCGUCUUCAUUUUAAAAA